CACGAUCUAUCGGACCGCGGAAGGAAGAGCACACCGGAAGCAGUCCCGGGACUCGAACAUGGCGGCCGCCCGGGGCCUCCGCUGGGGCCUGAACCGAGCCGGGGCCUGGCUGCUACCACCACCCGCGCACUGCGCCCGCCGGGAGCUGCACAAGCAGGUAGACGGCACCGAAUACCAGAGCAUCUACAGCCUGGACAAGCUCUACCCGGAAUCGCGGGGCGUGGACACCGCCUGGAAGGUCCCGGCUGACGCAAAGCAAGCCAACAGUGACAUUCCUCUAGACCGCCUGACGAUCUCUUACUGCCGGAGCAGCGGUCCCGGGGGCCAGAACGUCAACAAAGUGAAUUCCAAGGCCGAAGUCAGGUUCCACCUGGCCACCGCGGACUGGAUCGCAGAGCCCGUGCGGCAGCAGAUAGCUGUCACGCAUAAAAAUAAGAUCAACAAGUCAGGAGAGCUGAUACUCACCUCCGAAUGCAGCCGCUAUCAGCUCCGCAACCUGGCAGAUUGCUUACAGAAAAUUCGAGACAUGAUUGCCGAAGCCAGCCAGCCGGCCAAGGAGCCCUCCAAAGAGGAUGCUGCACUGUGGAAAAUCAGAAAACACGAACCGGGAAAGGCUGAGAAAGAAGAGAAUCAGUUCUGCCGUCAAGACGAGCAGGAGGGUAGAGGUGGACUGAAGUCACCCUCCAGAGCCGGCAGAGACGCUCUGCGGGGCGUGGGGCAGCGGCGUGAGCGUCAGUGCCCACAGGAGACUGAGUCGCUGUGCGCGGUCGCUGGCGCCGGUCUCGAACGCUGGAGCCGUCCGGGAACGUUCAUCCGGAGUGAGGGCUGCGGGCACCGGCUGCAGCCGUCUUCGUCGGCAGUUGCAUGUGUCAAACCUUAAUUACCCAUUUCAUGUGUGAGCUGCAAUAAAACUCUAAACACA